AGCAAAGAAUGCCGAUCGUGUGGAGCAGGAUCAACGUGCGCGGAGACUCACAUACUCGCUAUACUUCAAAAUGUUGGUUAAUAUUUGGAGUCUUCGUUUUCCUCGUGGAGCUAACGAUCGGAGAAAAGAAAAUCGACACCCGCCUCAAUCGCAGGAGUUGCGGUUGGUCCCAUGCCACGGGAAGGGUUUUCAAUGGUGACCCUGUAAGCAGGACGCAAAUUCCUUGGAUAGUACAGAUAAAAACACCUAGGCCAGGCACGGAUAUAAUCUUGCUGUGCGGUGGAAGCAUCAUUACACGCAAUGUUGUGAUGACUGCAGCGCAUUGUUUUCCUGAGACGUUCGAAAUAAUUUUAGGUUUGAUAGAUUUGUUCGACCAAUAUGCCUUCCCAAUAUAAAUAUUAUUGUGGGAAAAAGACCAUUAUUAGCUGCCGGCUGGGGAAGCAUUAAUUCUAAGAAUCCUCCGGACCUCUCUAAAAAUCUGAUGUAUGUACAUAUUUACGCAUUGCCACGAAAGAAGUGUGAAUAUUUCAUAAAAAGUAUCCGAAGUGAGAACAUAAGUGGAUUUGAUUCCAAAUAUGCCCUGUGUGCCGAAGGGCUCAGUGGAACUCCGUGCGGAGGCGAUUCUGGUGCCCCGAUAACCAUGAGACGCAAAAGUGGAAAAUCUGUGCAAGUAGGCAUACUAAGCGCUGGAUCAACUGGCUGCAGCCACAUGAGUAAAUAUUCAAUCAUCGUUCAUGUUUACAAGUUUUUGUCUUGGAUAAAAGAAGCCCUCAACCACUAUGAAAGCUGGAAAACCAUUGAAGGUCAUAAUCAUGAAUUCAUGUCGUAGACGGUAUUCUAACUGUCAUGUAUUUUCGAAAUAAAGCUGCAUAAUUUGUGCGGCAUCAGAGUCAAAA